AUGCCAUUCGGUAAACAUUUCUGUUCAGUGGGCCUCAGGAUGAAGCUGGCAUCUUUGAUGUCAGCUCCUGAGGUUCACGACGUAACAACAAUGGAUAGACUCACCAGCUCGGAACUUAUUCGCUUGAUUUUGCAGGAAUCUUCACCUGCCAACAGUGAUGAGCUUGGCCAUGUAUUAUUGCUGAUUUUCAAGUCCUGUAUGACUGAAGUUCCCAAAGCAAAGGAUCUCAAAGUUCCGUUGAAGAAAAUCCACCCUGAUACCAGGAUCGAAGCAUUUCAGCACAUUGAAGAUGAGGCAACCCUCAUACCACUCUAUGAUACACGCGCAUGCUGUUGGAACUGGCCACUCCCAGAGUCACAUUUAGACAAACUCGCUACCAGUGGGGAGAGAAGUAAUCAGGCAGGAGAGAACAGUAGCACGGACCAGGGAGAGAGGGAAGGAGAAAAUAGUGGUGCUGCAAAUCAGAGGUCGGGAGAUUGGGUUAUUGUCGAUGACACUGACACACCUGCUGCCUCUGAGUCCCAGGUUGAGAGUGUUGGCCAGCCUGAGGACGACGUUUUUGCAUCCUUCAAUAACCUCCUUACCUUUGCCCUCCUCCUGCAGAAGCCUGCACUCGCUCAGAAGUGUAACUUAUCUCGUAUCUGGAGCACAUCAAACUCCUCAUCUGCAAUACGUGGCGAUGAAAUCGCAUGCAAACCAGCCCUCACCAUACUCGAUGAUAUUGAGGUUAGAUGGGAUACAAUCAAGGCCACUGCUGAAGCGAUCCCAGAUGUGCUGAUCAUGGAGAGCAAGACCACCGAGAUCGAAGAGAUCAUGAGCGAGCCACCACAUACCAUAGAGGACGCAGUGCCCAACCCCACAGCCAACAUCCCUCCCAACCCGGUUCCCCUCAUAGACAAAGUCCCUAGUGAUUCUUUGAGUGAACCCCUCCCAGAGCCGAUAGGAAAAAUACGAGUAAAUGAGAAUAUGUACGAUAUCCUGGAUCUAAUAUUCUCCACUGAAGGCCUUGUUGGUUGUGGCACAGUGUGCUAUCUGGCGAGGAAGGAUGAGGAAGAGUAUAUCGUCAAGGAUCACUGGGUCCUCAGGAGUAAAUCAGAGGUCCUGAAUGAGAUUCGUAUGAUGGAGAAGAUGGAUGGGAUUUGUGGUGUUCCUCGCCUUGUCGAAUAUUGGCUUGUGGAGAUGGAACCCGGUGAGGUCAAUGAAACGGUGAAGUAUCGUCAAAAGGUCUCACGCAGCAUAAAGGGCACCUCCCAGUUCUUGACCUCGAUACUGGAUAUUAUAAAGAUUCAGAAACAAGCGGUAGAGCAGAACCGGGUUCUUCAUCAUGAUUGUAGUUUAAAUAAUGCAAUGAUUGAAGACAAUGGCGAUGGCACCCAUGGAAUGUUGAUAGAUUGGGAGUUUGCCGUAGAAAUUGUACGAGGCGAUCAGUACGGUGUUGGGGGCACGGGCACAGUACCUUUCAUGUCGCGGUCCCUUCUCUUCCAGCUUUACCUCCACACACCGGAUCCAUCUGAUGAGCGCUUGGGUACACGAGCCUCAGGAUCAAAACCAUACCCACCCCCCAUGGUCACCCAUGUCUAUCAGGACGAUCUCGAAUCGAUGUUUUACGUUUUCAUCUGGGUCUGUAUCGAAUUCAGGGGCCCUCUCAGCAUGAAACACAUCGCUGCACUUCCGAAGGAGGACUCUGCUGGGCUCCUAGUCUCUAAAUGGGUAAUUCUCUCAGCGGCAGGUUCGCUCACGCCACCCCGGAACGAUGAGGAAACUCAGACAAAUAUUGUAUUUCAUCUUUUCAACGGAACUCAGACUGAGAUGGGCUGA